UAAACAUGGCUGGCGUGGUUGCAGGGCAGGGCAGUGCCGAGCGUGCGUAGGGGGCUUUGGGGAGCUCCGGGUUUGUGGUUUUGAACUUUCUGGCGGGGGAGCCGCGGCGUAGAGUUAGGUUGGGAGGUGGGAGCCAAAGUGACGCCCUUUCGGGAGCCGCGCAGGCAAGCUGGGCUGUAGCGGGACCCGAGGCUGAGGCGCCGGGCUCAGCCGGCGCACGUGGGACCGCCGCUGAGGAAGCGACGAGCGGCGGAGCAGGUGUUGCUGCCUGCGGGGCCACGCGGACGGGAGGAAGAUCCCUAACGCGCGCGGGUCCCGCUUCCAGCUGGCGCCUAUCAUUGACUUAUGUGUCGCGGCCCCUGAGCCUCUCCCUAGCGAUGCUGUGGAGCCGAAGCUUCCCUGAAGUCAGCUGCUGCUUGUCAAGCCUCGGCUUGCUCCUGCUCCCGGAACGGCAGCGCGACAGCUGCCAGUAAUCCAUCUGGGGGAUGCCCGCGGGCCUUACGGAACCGGCCGGCGCCGCUUCUCCCGCUGGUGUGAGCGCCUCCGGGACCUUGACCAUGGCCCCUGCCGGGGCUCUGCCGAUCCGGGUGGAGAGCACUCCGGUGCCCCUAGGCGCCGUGACUAAGGCUCCUGUCAGUGUCUGCGUGGAGCCCACGGUGUCCCAGCCCCUGCGGUCCCCUGUGGGGACCCUGGUGACCAAAGUGGCUCCUGUCAGUGCUCUUCCUAAACUCAGCAGCGGCCCUGUGCUGCCUGCUCCUCAGAUAGUCGCCGUGAAAGCCCCCAACACAACAAUCCAGUUGCCUGCUAAUUUGCAGCUUCCUCCAGGAACAGUUUUGAUCAAAAGUAACAGUGGUCAGUUGAUGUUGGUAUCUCCUCAGCAAGCUGUAACAAGAGGCGAGACCACAAGUAACAUAACUUCAAGGCCAGCCGUACAAACGAAUACUCAAACAGUCAAAAUCUGUACGAUGCCGAAUUCUAAUUCACAAUUAAUCAAGAAAGUGGCAGUGGCACCUGUUAAAAAAUUGACACAAAUAGGAACUACUGUGGUAACCACUGUUCCGAAGCCUUCCUCAGUACAAUCUGUACCAACCAGUGUUGUAACAGUUACUCCUGUAAAGCCGUUGAAUACUGUAACUACCCUGAAGCCUUCAAGUUUGGGAGUAUCACCCACCCCCUCAAAUGAGCCCAGUCUCAAAGCAGAGAACUCAGCAGCUGCUCAGACAAAUCUUUCUCCGACAAUGCUAGAAAAUGUGAAGAAAUGUAAGAACUUCCUUGCAAUGUUAAUAAAACUAGCAUGUAGUGGAUCACAGUCCCCAGAAAUGGGGCAGAAUGUCAAGAAGCUGGUGGAACAACUUUUGGAUGCAAAAAUUGAAGCAGAGGAAUUUACUAGACAAUUGUAUGUUGAACUCAAGUCUUCACCACAGCCUCACCUAGUUCCUUUUCUUAAGAAAAGUGUGAGUGCCUUACGACAAGUCAUGCCUAACUCCCAGAGCUUUAUUCAGCAGUGUCUUCAGCAGACUUCUAACGAGGUAGUCAUUGCUACCUGUACCACACCAGUAACAACUUCUUCUGUGGUGACAACAGUUUCCUCAAUCCAGUCUGAAAAACCUAUCAUUGUUUCUGGAGCAACAACUCCCAGAACUGUGUCAGUGCAAACUCUGAAUCCGCUUGCUGAUCCAGGGGGAGCAAAAACUGGAGUUGUGACACUUCAUUCUGUAGGUCCAGCUGCUGUACCAGGAGGAACAGCUGGAACUGUUUUGCUUCAGACUCCAAAACCGCUUGUGACAUCUGUACAAAAUACAGUUACAGCAGUCUCGCUUCAACCUGAAAAACCAGUUGUCUCUGGGGCAGCAGUAACGCUGGCCCUUCCGUCAGUAACUUUUGGAGAAACUUCAGCAGCAGCUAUUUGUUUUCCACCUGUGAAACCUGUUGUUACUUCAGCUGGGACAUCUGAUAAGCCAGUCAUUGGCGCACCAGUCCAAAUCAAACUCGCACAGCCGGGCUCCAUUCUUUCACAACCAGCUGGUAUUCCACAGGCAGUUAAAGUCAAACAACUAGUAGUCCAGCAGCCUCCAGGAGGCAUUACAAAACAGUUGACAGCCUUGUCCCAUUCCUCAGCAUUGACCAUUCAGAAAUCCGGACAGAAGAUGCCAGUGAGCAGUGCUAUACCUACCAGUCAGUUUACUCCAGCUUCCAUUCUAAAGCAAAUUACCCUUCCAGGAAAUAAAAUUCUGUCACUUCAAGGAUCUUCUAUUCAGAAAAAUAAAAUAAAAGAGAAUGGAACAGCAUCCUUCAGAGAUGAAGAUGAUAUCAAUGAUGUAACUUCCAUGGCAGGAGUCAGCCUCAAUGAAGAAAAUGCUUGCAUCUUAGCAACAAACUCUGAAUUGGUUGGCACGCUCAUUCAGUCAUGUAAAGAUGAACCAUUUCUUUUCAUUGGAGCUCUACAAAAGAGAAUUUUGGACAUUGGUAAAAAGCAUGACAUUACGGAACUUAACUCUGAUGCUGUGAACUUGAUCUCCCAUGCAACACAGGAGCGAUUACGAGGCCUUCUAGAAAAACUGACAGCAAUUGCUCAACAUCGAAUGACAACUUACAAGGUAAAGGAGAUCAUUAAAGAAACAAGUGAAAAUUACAUUCUGUCUAGUGAUACCAGGUCACAGCUCAAAUUUCUUGAAAAGCUGGAUCAAUUGGAGAAGCAGAGAAAGGAUUUAGAAGAAAGAGAAAUGUUACUUAAGGCAGCCAAGAGUCGUUCCAAUAAAGAAGAUCCAGAACAGCUGAGAUUAAAGCAGAAAGCCAAAGAGUUACAACAGUUGGAGCUUGCGCAGAUACAGCAUAGAGAUGCUAACCUUACAGCUCUUGCAGCUAUUGGACCAAGGAAAAAGAGACCACUAGAAUCUGGGUCUGGAAAUGAGGGCUUAAAAGAUAACCUUUAUGCUUCUGGGACAUCCAGCCUAACAGCCACCAAGCCAUUGCUUCGUCCAAGAAUCACGAGAAUCUGCCUCAGGGACUUGAUAUUCUGUAUGGAACAGGAAAGAGAGAUGAAGUAUUCUCGAGCUCUGUAUCUUGCCCUUCUGAAGUGACCACUCCACUGUUCAUCCAGAUCCUUGCUGUUUACUGCCAAAGAAGAUAUAAAGAGCAUUGUUGCACUGUCCUGACAUUUCAGUUUUUGGAAAAUAAUUAUCAAUAGGGAAGAUCAUUGUUUACAGUUAUAAACUUUUAUUAAGUCUUACUUAUAUGUCCCAGGGGGUUCUUAAUGACCAGAAUUUACUUUUGUCUUCUGAAAAUUGGUUAUGAAAUAGAGUUUACACAAAAGUAGGCAUCUGCCCACCUGUGCAUUUAAUCACAGCAAGUUAAGACCCUGUUUGUUACUACCUGCCUCAUUUGCCAGGUGAGGUGUCUUUCUCUAAUAUGGCCUGUAUUGAGAUGUAGAAGAAAGAAAGGAAGAGAUACUGCCUCACUGUAAACCUGUCUCAAAGUGUUAGGUUUUCCGGGCUGUAAUCAGAAGUUGCUUAGCUAAUUAUGACAGUCACCUUCUGUAGUUGAUGGCGACAAACCAGAGAGUAGGGCCUCGUGGUGACUUUGGUCAGCUGAGGACCAGUGUUGUCAAAAGUGAGACAAAUGGGCAUAGUUCGUGCCUGAGGUUGCUAUUCUCUGGUUCAUAUCACCAUACGCUGUCUGAUGCCAAAUGAAUGGACAUCCUGGUCAGGGAAACCUUAAAAUUGAAGCUGCUGAUAUACCUCAUUGAAAAAUGUAAAAGGUAGAAAGCAUUAGAAGGAAUGAGGGGCAUUGUGUUUAAACUGAUUAGGGGAAAAUGGAAUCAUAAAACAGGAAAUUCACUGCAUAUGACAAAGGGGGGCAGUGGUGGAAUUGGAACUCCAAAGCAACUGUACAUGUUUUGUUGACAGAAAAAAAUCACAGGCUACCAAAAAGGAAAAUGUAUCAAACAUUUCCAAAUUACAGUAUUUCAAAAUGAAGUUAUUUUUGUUUUUUUGUAUUGUUUUAAAACGCAAGGACAGUUUUGUAAAAUCUUUUUAGUUACCCUAAGUUUUAAGCAUCUUGUUGCAUUUAAAAAAUUCCUAAUUGAUGAUUAAAAAAAUUUUUUUUAACAAUAGGGACUCCAUUUUGAAUUCUACACUCAGAAGAUAAUGUCAGCAUCUUACUCUUGGAGAUCUUGGCUCUAUAUUGCGAAAAGCAUAUUAUAUAUAUUCAUAGGAGGAGGAAGCUGAUGUUUGCAAAGCAAAUCCUGUUAUCUUUUAAAUUCCACCUGUGUGGCAUGUAGCUGAUGACAAAUAAUAGCUGUAGUUACAAUCACAUACAGAAAGAAGAAGUCCUUCAAGAAGGCUUUUAAAAAAUGGGAACGCAGUGCUUCUUAGAAAAAAGAAUUCAGAGGAAAAAAAACACCUCAAAUACGUUACUCUUCAUCCUGUUCUUCCCAUUGGGACUGUUACGGCCAUAUUCUGUACUCUAGUUCUAAAUUGGCCACUCUUUUCUUUGUUUCAGCAAGUUAUUAUGUAAAAUGCUAUAAAUUAUGUAUAUGAUGAAAGAGUACUUUACAAAGAGAUCUAUACCCAAAGUUGUUUUUGUAUAUUUAAACGCUUAGCUUUAUUUUUUGUAAAGUGCAGCAUACGCUCAUAUUUGUGUAUAAUCUUAUUGACUGGAUGUUAAAAAUUAUUUCAAAUAUUUCAUUAAAAUAAUUAUUUUAUUAUAAGAAUAA